UACCACCCCUGUUAUCACUACUACCACCACAUUAAGUGCUACGACCACCAGGUCACCCAUAACUACCACUUCAACCACUUCGUCUACAUCAACUACCAUCCCUAACCCGCUUUUGACCACUACUCAACCUACAGGUAAUACCUGUCCAGAGGAAGCACUCAAUGGUUUGACCUUCCCACUCACUGUGAUCGGUCAGAUUAGUUAUUCAACACAGCUUUGCCCUCCAGGAACAGCCAGCGCUGGUUUUCCUAAGGCCUCAGCUCAGUGUUUGAAUUUACCACUUUUCCACGCAUUUGGAGGAGUUAAACUUCUGGACUGUGGCUUGUACCUGGAGGUGUUCAAAAGCAAAGUCAACGGGACUCUGGAAGAGAAUAUGUACGUUGCCUCCAGUGUCCAGAUACUCACGUCCAAACCUGAGCAGCUGACGUCCCAGAACAUCACCUCAGCUGCUACGACUGUCAAUAACCUGCUGUCCGCCAGCAUGUUAAAUGAGUCAGUUGCAGAGUCCAUGGUGGCCACCAUCAGUCAGCUCAUGCACACUGAUAAAGACCAAUACUCUGAAGACACUUACGAUGCCCUUGAGAAUCUCACAAAGACUUUGGAGGAUUUUGCUUUGAACAUGAAUAACAUUAACUCUAGUGUACUGGUGCAACCAAACCUAGCGGUGCAAAGCAUCAAGUUGACAAAUUGGACCCCACAAGUGCAAUUCUUCUCUGCAACAGGACUGUCAGAGUAUUUUCCUGAAAGAAUUGGUCUGGGUGCAGACGCUGCAUCUUCUUCGGGACGUCCCGCUGAUCUCGUGCUAAAUAUCAAACUGCAGAACCAUUCCCAGAAAGACUGGGGGAACAUAAAUCUCGGUAUUGGAGUGGUGCUUUAUGAAAAUGAUCAGUUUUUCAACUCAAAACAAUUUAAUAGUGAACUCGAUACCAAGAGAAGGGUGGUGUCGGCCAGCCUGACAGACAGGAGCUUGCUUGAUAACGUGGAGUUCACCAUCAGACCUGAGAAUACAUCCGGCUCAGCAUCUUACGACUUUGCAUGUGUGUUUUGGGACUACACUCACAGAGACUGGAGAACAGAGGGCUGCGUCAAAAUGCGCGAUCCUAGUGGAGUGCACUGUGAAUGUAACCACACCACCAACUUUGCAGUUCUUGUGAGCUUUAGAGCAGACUACACUUAUUCUGAAGCGUUAAACUGGAUCAGCAUUGUGGGAUGCAGUCUGUCUAUUGUGGGUUUGGUUCUCACCACAGUUUAUCAAAUUAAGACCAGGAAACAGAGAGGAGCCAACUCCACUAUGCUCUUGGUGAACAUCUGUUUGUGCAUGACCACCUACUACCUGCUCUUCAUUUUUGGGAUCAACAACCCGGUCCAGAGCUCAAAGGCAUCUGUUUCAGAGCAGAACGUUAUUCCUUCUUCAGAUUUGCAGGAGAAAGUCGAUCAGGGUCCUUGUACAGCAAUCACGGCUCUGUUGCAAUACUUCCUGCUGGCCACGUUUGCCUGGAACAUCCUGUAUGCGGCUCAUGUGUUUUUCCUCAUUCGAAAUGCCCUCAGCGGUCCACCUCGAGCUUUCCGCACCAUCGCCAUGACAGUCGGCUGGGGUCUGCCUGCUGUUAUUGUCGGCAUCUCGCUGUCCACCACCUACAGCUUUAGGAAUCCUUUAGGUUAUCGACAAGAGGAGUUCUGUUGGCUGGCGUCUCUGGACAAGGCGGGAAGGUUUGAUCCGAAGCGGCCGAUGUUGUGGGGUUUCUUGCUCCCUCUAGCGGUCAUGUUGUGUUUUAACACAUCUCUGCUGGUCUACUUCUCUCAAACCAUCUGCUGUGCGAAUCCCAACCUCAAGAGCUCACGAGGGACUCCUAUGAAGAAGAAGAUUUUGAGUAGUUUCUCUCUGGCUGUGGUGCUCGGUUUGUCCUGGAUCGUUGGUUACUUUGUGCUCAUCACUCAUGACAAAACACUUUACAUCAUUCUCAGUGUGGUCUUCUGUCUCUGCAACACCACACAGCUGUUUUUGAGAAGACUUGGUGUCUAAAUACUUCAGAGAGCACCACCGACACAUCC